AUGAGUGAGAAAAGUGAGGAAAAAGAGAAAAGAGAGAGACAAUUUAUUGUGAAUGGAAGCAAGCUACUGGAGAAGCUUAUUGUCUCUUGCAAUGGCAAGCCAAUUCCCAUCCGUAGCUUCUUUGCUAAAGAGCUCCGACAAGCAACCAACAACUAUAAUAAUCAUUAUGGAAUGCUUUGGUUUAAGGGCUCUCUUGAUGGACAAAUCGUUAUCGUUAGGAGACUUCCUAGCUCUAAAUUCUGGGCCGAUUUAGCCAUCAAUGAUUUAGCGAUUUCUGCACAAAUGAGUGCUCACAUAUCAAUCCCUGAUGGUGAAACUGACGUGGAAGUUGAUGGCAAUUGUUUGUAUUCGAAGUUCAAAACCCCAGAGUUUAAAGCAACAGGUAGGGCAACAGAAAAAACUGAUGUGUAUUACUUUGGUAAGCUUCUUUUCGAACUUUUAACUGGAGAGGAUUCUUAUAAUAUAACCCGAUUGACAAUUGACAAAAAAUCUAGCUUAAUAGCCUACAUGCAUAACCAUGCUCAAGUUUGUUGCAUAAACGAGAUUGUGGAUCCGACAAUUUUGGCAGCAGAAGGAGGCGCUAGUUUAGAGCCACAAUUACAAGCUUUUUUGCAGCUUGCAUUGACAUGUGCAGGGGAAGAUCCACAGAGAAGGCCAACAAUGGUAGAUGUUACCAAAGAACUCAGGCGGAUUGAAAGCUUUGUACUAUGA